GCUAUGAAUAGUGUAGCCAAUGCCUUGGCGUCAUUGUUUUGAUGGGCGUGUCAUACAGUCAUUGCCAAGCAAGCGAAGCCAACCAGAGUAAACAACUAAGUUAGCCUGUCAGCUAGCUAGCAACUUCUGAAAUGGCGUCGUUAACGGCGACAGAACCAGCGUUACGCCCGGGUACAGUACCAGCAGCGGAGUCCAUAGUACCUGCUUGUAUGUUUGCACCGGACCGGGGUUGUACCGAGGAUCCGUGCGGCGGAGACGGCUUUGAAGACGGCGAGGGUACAAACGGAGAGCCCGCGGAUCAUUUAGACUUAAGUAGCAAGCUGGUCCUUGUGAGUCCAACGGGGGAACAGUAUGACUCAUUACUAAGACACUUGAGGGAGCGGAUAGAUGAAGGCUGCGGAGAGACAAUCUAUGUGGUUGGGAUGGGCUCAGAUGGAGGUGAUUAUGGUCUGGAUGAAAAAGACAUGGAGGCGUCAGUAGCCACGGUGCAGUCACUGUGUGAACAGACUGAGGCUGAUUUAAUCCUGCUGAGAGAAAGGACAGACACUGGCGGAAAGAUUCGGGACUACCUCAUCCGUCGACGUGUGGGCGAGCAGGAUUUCCUAGAAGUCAGAGUGGCUGUUGUUGGGAAUGUAGAUGCUGGAAAGAGCACCCUCCUGGGAGUGUUGACCCAUGGUGAGCUGGACAAUGGCAGAGGUUUCGCUCGCCAGAAGCUCUUCAGGCACAAACAUGAGAUGGAGAGUGGGAGGACGAGCAGUGUGGGCAAUGAUAUCCUGGGCUUUGAUCAGGAAGGACAGGUGGUAAACAAGCCUGACAGCCACGGUGGGGGUUUAGACUGGACUAAGAUCUGUGAGAAAUCCUCCAAGGUCAUCACCUUCAUUGACCUAGCUGGGCAUGAGAAGUACCUUAAGACCACCGUCUUUGGCAUGACGGGUCACCUGCCUGAUUUCUGCAUGCUCAUGGUUGGCAGCAAUGCUGGCAUUGUUGGCAUGACCAAAGAGCACCUGGGUCUAGCAUUGGCCCUAAAUGUACCCGUGUUUGUUGUGGUUACUAAGAUAGACAUGUGCCCGGCUAACAUCCUGCAAGAGACACUUAAAUUAUUACAAAGGUUAUUGAAGUCACCAGGCUGCAGGAAAAUCCCAGUGCUGGUGCAGAACAAGGAUGAUGUCAUUGUCACAGCCUCCAACUUCAGCUCUGAGAGGAUGUGUCCAAUAUUCCAGAUCUCAAAUGUGACAGGGGAGAACAUGGACCUGCUGAAGAUGUUCUUGAACCUCCUCUCUUCUCGGACCACCUUUAGCAAUGACGAGCCUGCAGAGUUCCAAAUAGAUGACACGUAUUCAGUACCAGGUGUAGGCACAGUAGUUUCAGGCACUACGUUACGUGGAUUGAUACGACUCAAUGACACACUGCUCCUAGGCCCAGACCCACUUGGCACUUUCAUCCCCAUUGCAGUUAAGUCCAUCCACCGCAAGAGGAUGCCCGUCAGAGAGGUUCGCGGUGGACAGACAGCAUCCUUCGCCCUCAAAAAGAUCAAACGAUCAUCUAUAAGGAAAGGAAUGGUGAUGGUUUCCCCCAAGCUGAUGCCACAGGCUACCUGGGAAUUUGAAGCUGAGAUUUUGGUGCUGCACCAUCCGACCACAAUAUCCCCGAGAUACCAGGCCAUGGUCCACUGUGGCAGCAUUAGGCAGACAGCCACAAUCCUGUCAAUGAACAAAGACUGUCUGAGGACAGGGGACAAAGCCACAGUCCACUUUCGUUUCAUCAAAACCCCUGAAUACCUGCACUGUGACCAGAAGCUAGUGUUCAGGGAAGGACGUACCAAAGCUGUAGGCAGCAUUACAAAGCUUCUCCACUCAGUGAACACCCAGGCAGCUAAGGCCCAGCAGUCCAAGUCUCAGGCCAGUAAAAAGGGUUCCAAAGAGGCCACAACAGCUAAUGAGGACACCGGGUCAGCAGCACGGCCACCUAGUCCUGCCACAGCACAGCUACCACUCAAGUCGGGAGGAGGAGGAGGAGGGGGACGGAGGAGAGGUGGUCAGAGACAUCGAGGGAAAGGCAUGAACACUACAGCGGUCUCUACGGCGAUGCCUACAGGAGCAGCAGGCACAGCCUAAAAGCACAACCUUAGGUUUCUUCACAGCCUCUCAUCAUCGUCAUCAUCAUCUCUUCACAGGGAGGGAAAGUGACUGUGGGGGGCCUCUGCUGCAAAACGUUUCUUUAAUAAAAAAAGAAUUAGCAAAUGGUUCGAAUCAAGAGAGCAUCGUAUUUAUCAAAAAAUGAAGAAGUUUUAAUCGGGCUCCCUGUUUUAACACAGCUGUUCAGGAAGUGUUUACCUCAUCUGUUUGUCCAGCAGAGGGAUCAGUCACUUCCCCGACUCUGUCUGCUGCCUGAGGCUUUCUCUGUUCCCUCCGUCGGUCAUCCUGAUUUUCCUUGUUCUACGUUUUCUUGUGUUCUGUCAUUAAUGUGACUUUGAGAUGGUAUCAGGCUUGGAGUCUAUUAACAUUGGUCAGUGGAGGAGGUAGAUUGUGUUCAGCAGUUCGUUUUUUGUUUUUUUUUUCAAAAGCUCCUCCUUAUUGAGCCCAGCAGUAUAAAUUUGUAUUUGGAAUUAAUUGAACGGAAAGGGAUUUAAUACUAAAGUAUCAGAUGUAGCUGCUACGUUAGUGUACUUGACCUCUGGUUUGGGGUUCAGCUACAAACUGUUCUCUGGAAAAUCUACUGCUGAAGAUCUGUUAGUAAUAAUAGAGAUGAACAGAAACGUGUUCUUACCCUGAGAGUAGCUGUGAAUGCAACACUUGUUAUGAAACAUCUAUUUGUACACACAAAAGAACUAGAACUGUUUAAGUGCUCAUGUGGCCCCAUGUUUAACCCUGCAAUGUUGAUAUUUUUACUGAAGUCGUUUUUCUAAGAGCCUGUGUUGCAGUUUUUCUAGAUGAAGUUCAAGAAGCCAAAAGAGAAAAGUUCUGAAUCAUCCUUCCUUUUUUCAUGUGGAGUUUCUAGUGGCAAAGCAGCAUUUGUCAUAUUUUAAUAUACUUCAAGUGCUUUUUGAACUCGUUAACUCUGCCUGAUAAAUAAGCAAAGCAGGCAGAGGACCUUGAGCACAAUUCCAUUUUGAUCCAGUACAAUGAACAAAAAACUCAAAAGUAUUUACUAAUUUAAUGAAAAAAAGCUCACAUGGUGUCAAAAGGCAGCAGAGAAAGUUUCAGUAACUGAAAUUUGUGUUGCACAUUAUGUUUGUUCUUCAUAUGAUUGAGCAUAUUCAUACAGAGUCCAGUUCAAUUUGAAGCUUCAGAUGUCACAAACAAACGUGACCACAAGUCACCAGCAUUCAAAUAUUUUUAGGGUACAUACGGAGUCAGUAAUACUGCUGUUUGUGGCUCAGUUUUUAGUCUUUAUUGGGCCAAACAUGUAACAGAAACUGUAAACAUAAGCUAAGCCUGUACAGUUGAAUAAUGCAAGUCAUGUCGUAUUGUGUCUUAUAACACAACAAUAUACCAUUGAUGACCUCAAACUAAAGGAAGCAGCAGAAAACUAGAACCUUUUUUUUUUUUCUACAGAUGUUUCCCGCUGGUUUUCUAAAAGUGGGUUCUCUAACAGAUGUGUUUAUAUUGGGACGGUGGUCGUGUUAGUGGUUGUCACAGCCCUUUGGUGUUCCUAAAGAAGAAACAAUCUCCCCUCAUAUUCAUAAUGACUUAAUGUUGAUCAGUCUGGUCUGAGAGUCUUUGAAUUACCUGCUUUAUAACCCUCAUAAACACACUGAACUAAGA